CCUUCCUACCUCGCAGACGUUUGGGUGCCACCGCCGCUGCAUCCUAGCUCUGACACCGUUUCUUUUCCUUGACCCUUUCACUCCACAGAGACAUACGGGGUAAAAAGAGGAAAGAAGUGGCCGCUACGUGGCGAACCACAACAAUGACUCGGUCCUGACUAAAAUUGAAUGGAUUAGCCAAUCUAUUCUGAGCGCUAAUGAGAUUAGAGACAUGGGUCGCGGCAGAGUGGUACCUUUCGUUGAGCUCCUCGGGGAACAUUUCCCCAGUCAACAGUCCUCCAGACGUGGAAAUGCUGUUCUUGAUCUUGAAGAUGCCGCGGGUGCCAGGGGACAGUAACAGAACUUUGAAUGCACACUCACCUGUGCCGCUUUUGUGGCGCGCGGAUUCCUAGAAGUAGUAGCGGCAACAGUAGUAGUAGUGGCAGUAGUAUUAGUAAAGGAGGACAAAAUGAAGUACCAGAAAUACAUCACGGUGAUGCAGAUGGCCAUGGGAGUGACAGCCUCCAACAAAGACUGCCUCCCCACUAAGAGACAGCUGUGGGUGACCCCGCAAGAUGGAGAAACAUCCCCCUCAGGUGCUCCCGGGUGUUCAGAGGAGCCUACCGGUGCUACCGGUGGCGCUGGUGCUAUGGCAAUUCCUGCCACUUCCACCCUCUCGUUGCCCAUGAGCCAAGGAAAACCUUCCCUGCGCCGCAUCAAAGGCCGCAUUCACCGCAGCAAGAGCCUGGAUAGCAUGGAUCUGCUCGACUCCAAUAGUGCAGCGAUGGAGGAAACGGUCAUUUGGGAACAGCACACAGUGACCCUUCACAGGGCCCCAGGGUUUGGGUUUGGUAUUGCCAUCUCAGGGGGACGAGACAACCCUCAUUUCCAGAGUGGUGAGACGUCCAUUGUGAUAUCUGAUGUGCUGAAAGGAGGUCCUGCCGAGGGACUGCUACAAGAAAAUGAUCGCGUGGUGAUGGUCAAUGCCGUCUCUAUGGACAACGUAGAGCAUGCCUAUGCAGUGCAGCAGCUACGAAAGAGUGGAAAAAAUGCAAAGAUAACUAUUCGUCGGAAAAGGAAAGUCCAGAUUCCCGUUUCUCGGCCAGGGGACAGGGAGACAAUGUCAGAGCACGAGGAAGAAGACAGUGAAGAGGAUGAUGGCCAUGACCACCACAGUGAGCAUGGUAGCCAAAGUGCCUAUGGAGGAGCAAGUGGAGGCACUGGCACUGGCACUGGCAGGCGUCAUGAUCGUGAGCGUAGCAACAGUGGCAGGCGGGAUCACAGUGCUUCGCGGGAGAGAAGCAUCUCACCACGGUCUGAUCGCCGAUCACAAACCUCCUCUGCUCCACCCAGGCCUGCCAAGGUCACGCUUGUCAAGUCCCGCAAAAAUGAAGUAGAAUAUGGACUGCGGUUAGCCAGCCACAUCUUUGUGAAGGACAUUUCUCCUGAGAGCCUUGCUGCCAGAGAUGGAAACAUACAGGAGGGAGAUGUUGUACUUAAGAUCAAUGGCACCGUUACAGAGAACCUAUCACUAAUAGAUGCCAAGAAGCUGAUUGAGAGGUCAAAGGGCAAGUUGAAAAUGGUGGUGCAGAGAGAUGAUCGAGCCACGCUGCUCAACAUUCCCGACCUUGAUGACAGCAUCCCAUCAGCCAAUAAUUCCGACAGAGAUGACAUUUCAGAAAUACACUCACUGACAUCAGACCAUUCCAAUCGAUCACACGGACGAGGUAGUCGAUCACGUUCGCCUGACAGGCCCGAACCAUCGGACCUUCUCCGUCACUCCCCGCGGCAGAUCAGCAAUGGCAGUUGGAGCUUUCAGAUGAGGGCAGGUUCACUGUUUCACAGAUUACUUCCAAUCCAUCGAAGUCGAGAUGAGGAUCGCAUAUCUAAACCAGGGGCCAUGCCUAUAGUCAGAAGCUCCGAUGAUGGAGUCUUGUCACAGGCUAGCGACCAGGCCAGCUCAAGAGAUGACAAACUGUUACCUCCGCUGCCGGAACCAAAGCCAGUUUAUGCACAGCCUGGUCAGCCUGACGUGGACCUGCCUGUCAGCCCCUCUGAUGCCCCUGUACCUAGCGCCGCUCAUGAUGACAGCAUCCUCAGGCCGAGUAUGAAGCUGGUCAAGUUCAAGAAGGGAGAGAGUGUUGGUCUGCGGUUAGCAGGAGGGAAUGACGUGGGGAUUUUUGUGGCCGGUGUUUUGGAGGACAGUCCUGCAGCCAAUGAGGGCCUUGAGGAGGGAGACCAGAUUCUCAGGGUGAACAACGUGGACUUUGCCAACAUAAUCAGGGAGGAGGCUGUGCUGUUUCUGCUGGAUCUCCCAAAAGGAGAAGAAGUUACUAUUUUGGCUCAGAAGAAGAAGGAUGUGUAUCGGAGGAUAGUGGAAUCAGACGUGGGUGACUCCUUCUACAUUAGGACACAUUUUGAAUAUGAAAAAGAGUCACCGUAUGGGCUGAGCUUCAACAAGGGUGAGGUGUUCCGUGUAGUCGACACGCUCUACAACGGCAAAUUAGGAUCCUGGCUCGCUAUCCGUAUUGGCAAGAACCAUCAAGAAGUGGAAAGAGGCAUCAUUCCCAACAAGAACAGAGCUGAGCAGCUAUCCAGUGUGCAGUACACCCUCCCCAAAACACCAGGGGGCGACAGAGCGGACUUCUGGAGAUUCCGAGGACUGCGGAGCUCAAAGAGGAAUUUGCGGAAGAGCAGGGAAGACCUGUCAGCCCAGCCAGUUCAGACCAAGUUCCCUGCCUAUGAGAGGGUGGUUCUGAGGGAAGCUGGGUUCCUGAGGCCUGUGGUUCUCUUUGGGCCGAUAGCAGAUGUGGCCAGAGAAAAACUGGCCAGGGAGGAGCCAGACGUUUUUGAGCUAGCAAAAACACAGCAACAACACGGCGGGGAAAGGAGUGAACCCAGAGAUGCAGGAACCGACCAGAAAAGCACUGGCAUCAUUCGCCUUCACACCAUCAAACAGAUCAUUGACCGGGACAAGCAUGCAGUGCUGGACAUCACCCCUAAUGCAGUGGACCGUCUGAACUACGCUCAGUGGUAUCCAAUUGUGGUGUUUCUCAACCCAGACACAAAGCAGGGCGUCAAGACCAUGAGGACCCGCCUUUGUCCCGAGUCUAGGAAGAGUGCCAGGAAGCUUUUUGAACGAGCCCUCAAAUUACGCAAGAACAACCACCACCUCUUUACCACAACUAUUAACUUAAACAACAUGAAUGAUGGUUGGUUUGGAGCACUAAAAGAGACAAUCCAACAGCAGCAGAACCAGCUGGUUUGGGUUUCAGAGGGCAAGGCUGACGGGGCAGCUGAGGAUGACCUGGACAUCCACGACGACCGCCUGUCCUACCUGUCGGCGCCAGGCAGUGAGUAUUCUAUGUACAGCACUGACAGCCGCCACACCUCCGACUACGAGGACACGGACACAGAGGGUGGAGCCUACACCGACCAGGAGCUGGAUGAAACGCUGAAUGAUGACGUGGGUCCACCCACGGAGCCUGCCAUCACUCGCUCGUCUGAGCCUGUCCAUGAGGACCCGCCUGUCAUCCAGGAGCCCCCUGGCUACGCUAGCUUCCAGCACACAGUGCAGCAGGACCCCCUGAACCGCAUCGACCCGGCUGGAUUCAAGGCACCAGUGCCGCAGCAGAAAGCAGAGGCCGCUGCCGUCCCUAGCAUCCCUCAGCAGCCUGAGCCCCUGGCUGAGACAGUGCCCUCUGCUGUCGACGUUACUGUAAAAACUGUAGGGGGUCUGAGCCCUGACGAGGCUCCUGCAGCUCAAAGCCAGCCAAGCCCCAACCCAGAGGCUGGCUCACUUAGGAGGCCCACCCCUGAGCUAGCACCUCAGAGCGUCACACCAGAACCUCUACAGUCUGGACUGGCCAGUUCAGAACCAAAGAUGUUUCAGAAGGAUCCAGACAGCACUGGGAGAAUCGGUCACAGCAUGAAGCCUUUGACUUACAACCCGCAACAGGGAUAUCACCCUGACCAGCAGCCAUACAGAGAUUACGACCACCCACCUAGUCGGUAUGAUGUCAGCAGCACUGGAGUCAGCAGCAGCGGUGGUGGUUACCCAGAACCAAAGUACCGAAACUAUGACUCUAACCUGCCCUACCAGAACAGUGUGCCUCAGUACGACCAACAGUGGAAUCCCUACAGCCAACCGCUGUCUACUGCCAACUCCCAGGGCUACGAUUCCCGUUUGCCAUACGGCGAUGGCCCUGAUUCCCAGUACACCCCUCCUCUCCGCUAUGACGAGCCCCCACUUCAUCAGGGAUUCAACGGAAGGCCUCGCUACGGUAAACCAACAGGGCCUGUCCGUUAUGAUGAUCCUCCUCCUCCUGCUCCAGGGCCUGACCUACAUUACAACCAAGAUUCUCACUUGAGCACGUACCCUUCAGCUGCCCACUCCCCAGACCCUGCUGCUCAGCGGCCUGCCUACAACCAGGGUCCAACACCGCAACAAAAGAGCUACAAACCUCAGCAGCAGGACUCUGUUCCUGUGAACUCUGAAACCGGCCCCACACCACCUCCCAAAGCAGAGGCAACCUCACCUUCCCUCGCAGAUGCUUCAAAACCUUUCCCUACCAGAGAUGAGCAACCGGAUGACCCCGCCCUGCAGCCACAGUCAGUCCUGACAAGGGUCAAGAUGUUUGAAAACAAACGCUCUGUGUCCGUGGAUAGAGCCAGAGAUACGGCGGAUUCUUCUGGAAACAAGGCCGCCAAUUUACCUUUGAAAGCAGGUGGAGUAAUCCCUAAAGCAAAUUCUCUGAGCAACCUGGAUCAAGAGAAGACUUUUAGAGCCCCAGGGCCUCAGCAGCCUCAGUCCAAGGUAGCUGAUGACAUUGUGCGCUCCAACCAUUACAACCCUGAUGAGGACGAGGACUACUACAGGAAACAGCUGUCUUACUUUGAUAGGCUCCAAGCUGGUCCCAACAAACCCCAGCCACAAGCACAAACAAGUAACAACUACCCAAGGAUGGAGUCGGUGGAGAAACCAAGUCCAGUGGAGAAAAAAUAUGAACCAGUUCCCCAGGUGACACCUUCUCUUCCACCAACCACACUGCCCAAACCCACACCUGAAGCCAAAGCUCCGGGCCGAGACGACACUGUCCAGACCAACUUCCUGCCUCACAAGAGUUUCCCUGAGAAGUCUCCGGUUAAUGGCACUAGUGAACAUCCUCCAAAAAUAGCUCCACCAGCAACCAGCUACAACCGCUACACGCCCAAGCCCUACACCAUGUCUGCCAAGCCGUUUUCACGCAUGUUUGACAGUCCUAAAUUCAACCACAACCUUCUGCCCAAUGACAAGCCUGAGACUGCUCCAAAGGGCCAGAGCCCCAGCCCAGUGAAGCCUCAGAUUCCCCCGCAGUCCAUGAACACAGACCAUGACAGUGGUCUGGAUACUUUCACACGCACUCUGGACCACCGCUCCAAACACCAGCACAACAACAUCAACGCUGUUCCUAAGGCCAUCCCUGUGAGCCCCAGUGCCCUGGAUGAUGAUGAAGAUGAGGAUGAGGGCCACACUGUGGUUGCAACCGCUCGAGGUAUAUUCAACUCGAACGGUGGCGUCCUGAGCUCCAUCGAGACAGGUGUCAGCAUAAUUAUCCCACAGGGUGCCAUCCCUGAAAGUGUGGAGCAGGAGAUCUACUUUAAAGUCUGCAGAGACAACAGCAUCCUGCCGCCACUCGACAAGGAGAAAGGAGAGACCCUGCUCAGCCCUCUGGUGAUGUGUGGACCUCAUGGCCUCAAGUUUUUGAAGCCGGUGGAGCUGCGCUUACCUCACUGUGCGUCUAUGACCCCUGAUGGUUGGUCUUUUGCUCUAAAAUCCUCCGACUCCUCGUCGGGUGACCCAAAAAGCUGGCAGAACAAGUCUCUUCCCGGAGACCCCAACUACCUGGUGGGAGCCAACUGUGUUUCUGUGCUCAUUGACCACUUUUAAGGACAACCAGCAAGUGUGCUGCUACUGACUGUGGACCAUAGGGGAUAAAAUGAAGAGGAUGCACUCAAACACACACAAACACACACAAACACACACACACACACACACACACACACACACACACAUAAUGGAGUAUGAAGAAGAUCCAGUCAGUGCUGUUUACUGCACCCAUAGAUGAAGGCAAGACACUGAUGAUCGUUUCAAGCUGUUCUUUAAACUUAUUCCCCAAUUUAAAGUUUUGAUGUGAAGUUAAACAAUGGAUGCAUGCCCCAUGCCACUGAGGAUUGACACUAUAUACAAGGUGAUGUUAAAUGUAAUUUUUACAUGAAUAUACAGCAGAUUGAAGGAUGGCUUUUGAGGCAGCCACAGGCUUGAAAAAUCUGUGUUGGUAUAUUUAAGCUAUAUAUGCAUACAGUUUAUAUAGUAGUAUUGAGAAGAUUUACUAAAAGUUUUACUCAAUUCAAUUACAAGUCAAUAUCUUGUAAAGUAUCUUCACAAUUUUUUCCACAUUGACGGAUUAUUAAUGAAGGUUUGAGACAGGUGUGAGGUAAGAUUAAACCAGGGAUUGUGACAAGUUGAAGGAGUUGGUAAAACAUGAGCUGGAUAUGAACCCAAGCAGCACACUUUGUAGAGAUGUUCUUCCUUUCUUUAUUCUUCCUUUUCCUACAGUGAUAUCUUGUAGCUUAUUUUCUUAGAGUAUCACAUCUCUCCUUCCAGCCUGAGGGAGAUCUAUGCAUGUUCUUUACUCAGGUCCAAUAGCCUUCUCUCUCUCUCUCUCUCUCUCGCUCUCUCUCUCUUGCUCUCUCUCUCUCUCUCUCUCUCUCUCUCUCUCUCUCUCUCUCUCUCUCUCUCUCUCACACACACACACAAAUAAGCAGUGAUGCCUUAUCUGCAGAUUAUUCACUUUUCAUUUAGAAAAACAAAAUAAGUUAUGAUAAAUUAUGGUAUAAUAUCAUUUGUUUUGCCAUUUUCUGUGAACCCACUGUAUAAAUGAACUUGGGUUUGGCACACAGUAACAGUUUAAAAAGGAUAACAAAGAUAUGCUCUUCUUUAAUCUGCUAUGCAUUACUUAAAAAAAAGACGAAAAAAAAACAGAAAAGAAGUGGCUGUAAAUAAAGCUAUCAUAUUGCCUUGUUUCUUUGUUUGUAAAUGAACUUUUUGUAUGUCUUUCUUUUUUGUAUAAAACUUAGAGAAAACACGUUUUAAAAAGUGGAAGAAAGUAAGCGUCGUUAUCUUUGUAUUCUGGAUAUACUCUCAAGCCUUGGAACUUGUAACCUAACAAUAAUACAUCACAUCUUUUCUACCAAUGUAUUCACACUAUGUUAUGGUCACAAAAAGGUCUUUUUAUGGCUCUUUAAGGAUCAGGAAAGUGCUUGGGCUAAAAUAUAUUUAAAACAUGUUCUUUUAAAAAGGGUGUGCUCUUAAAGUGUCCCCCUCACUCGUUUGUGAUACUGGAUGCUGUAUUGUGUGCCCUUAAAUGUAUUUUUGUACUAAUAGACAAUAUAUGAUGUAUGGCACACCAGUAACAUUUUAUUUUUAGAUAUAACACGGCUUUAAUUGGAUAUUAGCUCUUCACGUGUGGCUGACUUUUUUUCUCCUCUGCAACACAAUUUUAAGUAUACCACUGUAUUAAUUAAUAAAAUCAUUUUUAAAGUAAA